CCAGUGACAUCUUUUAAUAAACAAAAAAUCUUGCCCAGUUAAUUUUCGUUAAUUUUCGUGCAUUUCCCCGUCUAAUUUAUUUAUAAAUAAAAAUUAGCAUGUUGGGAAUAUAAGGAAUACAUAAUUGUGUACGACGAAAGUGUGAACGAACAGAGAAAAGCUUCCGUUCGCAUGCCUAGAAAAACCUAAAAUUAGGUUAUUAAUUAUUUAUUGCAGUUUUGCACGGAUGUUUGAUGUAGGAUAACGCCAGCAGACCAUGUUUGAUGAAGAAAACAGACAAAAUGUUUAGGUAAAACAUGUCUUACACCAUCCACUUGGAAAUAGGGCACAUUGCCUCCGCAAGAGCUCGGACCACCACAGAGGGCUUCACGCACGAUUGGGAGGUUUUCGUCCAGGGCUAUAAUGGUUCUGAGAUACGACAUUACGUAGAUAAAGUCGUUUUCAACUUGCAUGAGUCGUUUCCAAAACCUAAGCGAGUUGUGAAGGAGCCGCCUUAUUCGGUAAGGACGUCCGGUUAUGCCGGGUUCAACUUUCCGAUCGAGAUUUACCUGAAGAACAAUCAAGAGCCUAAGAAGAUCAGGUUCAAUUAUGAUUUGGAGCUGCCUCCAUUAGAUUCUCCGCCUCUUCAUAACACGCAAAGGGAAAAGUGGGUGUUUCUCAAUCCUUCAGAAGAGUUCAGAGUCAAGCUUAUAAAGGGUGGAGCCACUACCGGUAGCGGCCAAGAGCCAGGCGACACCUCCGCUGCGAAAUCCUCGGACGAUAUCAGACAUCAAAUGACCAGCAAACCGAAGCUGGCCAGUGUCGGUGCCGAAGCUGCGAAAAAGCACAAAAUGAAGCUGGACGAACCGAGAACCACCGAUUUCCUGAAUCUAUUCGGCACCCCGAUCACCAAGACCAGCAAGGUAGUGGAACCCACCAAACCGAAAGAGACAUCUAAGACGGCAACGACUUCGUCCAAGAUGGAGAAAAUCGGCGAGAAGGAGAAAGAAAAGACGGAGAAGAAGUCGAAGAGCCCGCAUAAAGAUAAGGAAAGAGAUAAGUCCAAGGAUAAGUCUGCAGAAAGCAGUGAAAAGAGAAGUAAGGAAGAGAAGAAAAAAUCCAAAGAAGACAAAUCGAAAGAUCGAGAAAAGAGUAAAGAGAAAAGCUCCAAAAAGGAUAAGGAGAGGGAUAAAUCUCCACCAGCUAAAGCUCGAAGUCCCAGUCCAAAAAGAUCUCCAAAAAGGCCCAGCAGUCCCUCGUCUCAACCGAACCAAAGGCAUAGUGGCGGCAGUGGUAGUGGGGGAAAAGAAAAGGAUGUGUCUAGUAAAGAGGAGAAAAGAGAGAAAGACAGGGACAGGAAGGAAGAGAAGAAGUCGAAGAAAGAUAAGAAAGACAAAGACAAGGAAAGGCAUAAAGACAGAGACAAGGAUAAGGAGCACAGAGAACAUAAGAAUAAGGAGAGCAAGUCAUCGAAAGAAUCUUCUAAUGCAAAAACGAAAGACAUCCCUGCUGCUGCGUCUACUCCACCGCCGAAUUUACCUCCUCCAGCGCCCGUACAAAAAGAAAAGUCCGAGAAGAAAUCGAAAGAGAAAGAAUCCGUGAAGGAGCCGCUGAAGGAAGACGAAAAACCGGAGAAAUCGCGCACGGAAAAAUCCGAGGAGAAAAAAGAAAAGCACAAGCACAAAAAGAAGGACAAGAAGGAGAGGAAAGAAGAGAAGCAUUCUAGGAGCGAGAAAAGCGAGAAGCGAUCGGACAAGCCGAGUUCUACGACCAGCAGCAAAGAGAACAACAAUAACAAAGAGACUUUCGUGCCUGUGUCGUCGAGUAGGGACUCGGAGAAAAGUAAUAAUCUGUUCGGAAGCCCAAAAAGUGAUCCACCUACGACCCCUGUACAGAUCGAACCUAAAACGGAGACUUCAAUGUCGUUCAAAGAGGACGAUAGUUCCAACGAUUCUUCAGCGAAACAGAGCAGCCGCGAGCCAUCGCCUGUUGCCGCUCUGCUCCCCCCGCCUCCUCCUCCUCCUCCGCCCGCGCCCCAGAAGGCGCCUUCCAGGUCGCCGACGCCGGAAUCGCCGAAGAAAAUUGACCCUGAAAACAAACCUAAGGAGGAGAUCGUUAGCAAGAAGAAAGAGAAAAAGGAGAAAAAGAAGGAUAAAAAGAACGAUAAAGACUCUGAGAAGAAACGAAAAAGGAAAAGCGAAACUGUCCAUACUGCGGUCGAAGAACCUCCGGAGAAGCUGCUCAAAGACAAAGAAAACAAUAAUUCAGAUGACGAGAAACAGGUGUCCAGUACAGAAGACGUGAAUCCGGUACCUAAGAAUGAGUUGGAUAUGGACAUGCUUCGCGACCUGCAGCAGAAAAUAAUGAGCCUGAAGGAUAACGCGGAUCUCCAAAAAGUGGUGCAACUGAUCGCCGAGACCGGCCAGUACGAAGUGUCCGCGCACACCUUCGACUUUGACCUGUGCCUUUUGGACAGGUCGACGGUGAGGCAGCUGCAGGAGUUUUUUGAGAUGCUCUAGUACUUUGCGGUAAAGACUUUUUAUAAUACGUUUUCUUUUAUUUGACAUGUUUGAAUCCUGCCGCAUGCCUCAAAUCUCAAUCUGAACUGGAUCAUAAACGCCACAUGAUACGUACUAAAUAGUACGUAGAAUUUCCUUGGUUUUUUGAGCUCUGACUUUGCUUUUUUAUUAAAGUGGUCAGAGUAACAAGAUUUUUUAUUUUCGACCCAAUAUAGCGUUGUUUAUUGAAGAAUUAUCAUUUUACUUAUUUGAUUUAGGUGAAUUAAAUUAUUUUGUUUUUAAAACUAGUGUGUAGAUGUGGAACAUCUUGCAACAAUGCUAUCACAUUUUUCCAUAUAAGCCGCAGUUUGAAUCAAAAAUACUCAUAGGAGUCACCGUCAUACGAAAAAAAAAAUAUUGGCAUACUAUUUUUUUUCUUGAAUAUCACUAAUUAAAAGAUGAUUUUUUUGUUAGGACGUUAAUUUAAAAGUAGUAGUUUUUUGAUGGAACUGGACAAGAAUAGGAAUUAUGAAAUCCAAGGGUAAAAAAAGUGUUGACACCCUAGAAAAGCAACAAGUAAAUAAGGUUGAAAAAAUAUUGAUAUUCAUAUAUUGCUGUUUUUGGGGCGGUGUGCUUAGGAUCGUAAUCCUGCUGAAAGCUAAGUGUAUCUCUGAUCUCCAUUUUUUCAGUAGUUACCACAGUGAUGGCCAAAACUUCGUACAAUAAACAGAAAUCUAAACAUAUAAACUACUAAAAAAAAUCCAAAUUUUUCGAUGAUUUUUGACGGGUUGUCUUUCGGUGAAAAAUGGUCGUAUCUAGGCUUUAAAAAAAGCAUUUUGUAGCUUUAUGGUUUUAUUUUUGAGGAUUUUACGCCGAAAAAUUUAGGACCAACGGUUCUUUUGCAAUUCUAACAAAUAACGUGAGGAACAUUUUCUUUUCGUUUUAGUCCUUGAAAAAUAUUUUUGAACGAAAAAUGAUACUUUUUGCCAUCGUUGAGAUAGUGUAAGCGUAUUUCCGAAAACCUUCAGAUUUGCCUCUGUCUCUUUGAGGAUUUUUUUUAUUUCCUUAGUAUUUAUAAUUUUUUUUCCAAGGUUUUUAGGGGUACAUUGACGUACGUAGCAUUCUCUUUAGCAGUUCUAAAAACGCAGCCGAUUUUCCAAAACAAGGCAAAAAGUAACUUUUUUACUCUUUCUGAUUUAGUCGUAUAUCUCCGCGCCAAAUGACCGUAUCGAAAGUCAUGCUGUGUGUCGUGAUAGGCUCAUUAUAUCGGACAAAACUGUCGUAGACGAAAACGCUCACUGCUCCGUAAUGUCUACUGAUAAAAAUGCUAGGAAGCCCCGAUUGGGCGGAGAGUACUAGCCAUUUCAAAAACAUCCGUGUGCCGCACCCUGUAUAAGAACGGUUGCUCUUGAAAUUUUUCGGCUAAGAAACCCGAAAUCUAGAAUCUUGAAGCUCCAAAAUGCCUUUUUUGAAGUCUCAAUACGACCAUUGUUCACCGAAAUAUCAAAGAUCGCCGAAAAAGUUGGAUUUUUUAUUGUUCCCCAAAUUUUUUUGAGUAGCGUUUGUUUUUUUUUUUUUUUUUUUUUUUAUACUCCAACUACCACGAAGGCCUAAGGCCUAAGCACCCAUUGGGUACCGUGGGGCUAUGGGGGAUACAAGGGAAAGGGGGGACGCCACACGGACUCUGGCGAGGGAACACGUGUGCAUGCAACAUGCACACAUUCUGGCUCCGCCUACGAGAACCGCCGGGUGGUACCUCCGCGUUCGACAGUCAGAGACCAUCUACCACCUACGGACAAUCACAACAUCCAUGGCCAAGAGAAACAUUUCUCCUGGGACGGGACUCGAACCCGCACAGCGCACGGCGGCUGAUCAGGAGACCGAAGGGUCUACUACUGCGGCCACCGCUGCUGCCUAAAACAAACACACAACAUCCAUGGCGAAGGCGAGAUUCGAACUCGCGGCCCGGCCGGCCGGCUGAUCAGUAGCACGACACUCUGACCCACGCGGCCAACCGAGGUCCCACCUAACAGGUGUUACUGAAUUUGAAAAAAUCAAUUUUCAAUGUGUCAGUAUUUUUUUUAUCUCCAAAAUUUCCUGAAAAGCUCGAUACUUGACACACGAUUAGCUUCAGUAUGGAAAAAUGUGUUUGAUAUGCUUUUUGCAAUCCUUGUUUUCCAAAUGUCGGAUUUGGAGUGAUAAAAAAUAAAUCUAUAUUAGAUUGGAUAUCUAAUUGGUAUAAAGCAAUGCAGUAUUUUUUACGUCUGCACUAAAUUUAUUGGAUUAAGUAAAUUUAGAUGUUAGGAAUUAACAACGUUUAGACGAAUUUAGUGUACAAAAUGUUGACAAGCAAAUAUUUAGUUGCACGUUUUUGAAGAAAAAAUGAUGAUUCAUCUAGUGAAAUUGUGUUUUUUAUAAUUUUGACCAAUGUAAAUGUUUUUUUAAAACUGAAGGAAUUCCCAAAAUGUUUUAUUUAUUUUCGAUGAACAGCAAUUAUAUGUUUGCUGACAUUUUGUAUAUAUCUGUACAAAUUAUUGUUAAAAUAAUAUAUAAUGUACAAUGCAUAUACAAAAUGAUAAUUUAGAUUUUUACGACGUAAAUGUAUUUAUUUCAUGGUUUUUGAUUCAAAAACUAAAAAUAGCUAGCUAAUUUUCAAGGAAUUGGAUAUAUAUAAAUGUAAGUUCACGUAUAAUUUGAAAAUAUGCAAGUGAAUGAUAAAGUUUGAAAGGACAGCUUAAAGCGUAGUUACUUUUAGAAAUCUUUAGGGAAUUAUUUAUCGUUCUUUCAAUAAAUUUUUGUUUCCAUUUUGAGGCUCAGAACUUUUGUUCAGGAACGCCAGAAAUGUAUCAUGCUAAAUUUUAAGAUAAAUCUACCGAGAUAAAUUUUCCACAUAUUUUGCGUGGGGUUCUUUUUAGAAUUUUUUAUGAUAGCCUCAGUUUGCUUAUUUCAUAGUCAAAACGAUGUAUAAUAUUCAUCAGGUACAUCCAUAAAGUUCAGAGUAUCGCAAUUCGAUUCUAAAUUUGUUCAUUGAUUUAUUCCAAUUUUAGACUGUCAAAAUCAAAAACGUUCUAACGUUGACUCCAAAUUUCAGUUUUUUACAAGAAUAUUAGGUUUUCACAUAUUUUUAACUAAAGAAUAUGGACUGAAUCUUUAUAUGUACGUUUUUAUCUAUUUGUUAUCGGACAGAUAUUUGUAUAAAACUAUAUAGCAUUUAUGGAGUUUUGUGUGAUUUCGCGUGGAAUAACUGAGAUACAGAGUGUGCCAAUUUCAAAAUACGUCUAGUUUUUGAGAUGUAUAUAGUCAAAAAUUUGACAGUAACGUACACAUCAUUGGAAACAUCACAUUACUCGAUGUAAUCGUAAAAAUGCCUGCCGUAGACCUCCUGGAAAGAGAAAUGAGGAAUUCCUAUUUUAAAAUCAGGGUUCAUAAAUGUACUGUAAAAAGUGGGCCAAAAACGAAAAAAAAAAAAAUCGUAUGAUGCUGGGGCAAAGUUUUAAUUGUGUGAGCCUGUUUAGCUGACUUGAUUCAAUCAGAAUAUGUUUUGUGUGGGGUGAUGCAUAUAAAGAUACAAGUUGAAUGUCCGAAAAUUGGUGGACAAAACUGCGAAAACCACCCUCAAAUCCUUCAAAAAUAUUUUUUUGUCGCAGUGUCACUGAUGAUUUUGGUGCGCCCUGUAUAACUCUUGCAUGAUUCGUUUGUACAUGGGAUAAAACUUGUAUUAAUAAUUAUUGACACUAAUGUAAAUCACUAAGCCAGUUUUAGUUUGCUGAUGAUAAUAUAUGUACUUUGUUUUAUAUUCUGUUGAUUUGUUAAUAUAUUUGCUGGAUUUGA